AAUUGAUCCUCCACUGCCACCUAUUCCCUCUUCAUCUCCUCCAUUAUAUACACCCCUCUCAUUUGUCAUUAGUACUCUCCGAAUACCCUUGCGUGCAACAUGUCCAUCGUUACAAUCAGGAAUGUCGAAUUCCUCAAUAACCCUGCGCGGUUCCUGGAUCCGUACCAUUUUAGAGUCACUUUUGAAUGUAUAGCCCAGCUUCCCGAAGACCUCGAAUGGCGUCUCAUCUACGUCUCAUCACCCGGCAACGAAGAACUCGACCAAGAACUAGACGACUGUCUCGUCGGACCCGUCCCCGCCGGCAUCAACGCAUUCGAAUUCGAAGGCUCAGCUCCGAACCCAGCGAAAAUCCCACCAGAAGACGUCCUAGGUGUGGCUGCGUUGAUCCUAACGGGUAGUUAUAAAGAUCAGGAGUUUGUGAGGGUGGGGUAUUAUCAGAAUACGGAGUAUGAUAAUGAGGAGAUGAAGGAGACGCCGCCGGAGAGUAUUAGGUUUGAGAGGCUGGUGAGGGAUAUUAAUACGAAACCUAGGGUGACGAGGUUUCAGAUUAAAUGGGAUAUCGCACCACAACACCAGAAUGGUCAAGCGGUGGCUGCUGGUGCGGCGACUUCGGCAGCAGUACCAUCGGCGAAUGACUUGGACAUGGAAGACGUUCAGCCAACGAACGGCUCAUCAUGACGACAGGCCUCUUGAUUGUCUACUUAUACCACCACAUGUAUCCUCUCGUAUCGGUAUGAUUUCAAAUUCGUAAUGCUUAUAAUGAACGAUUC